AUGUCUGAAUCUACAUUUAUUUCGGACACUAAACCAAAAAAUAUCAUACCCAACCGAAAUAAAUUAAAGAGUGAAGAUAAAACAUCCAACAACAAUAAUGGUGAUCAAGAUUUAUCCACGUCUUCCACAUCGGAAGACAGCCACACUUUGUUAAGUGAAACUGUAACAACAUUAGCUAGUAGUGUUUAUAAUGAACUUGAACGAAUUAUUAAAAAAUAUGGUGAAAAUAGUGUGAAAGAUUUGAUGCCUGUUAUGAUUGCGACACUAGAAUCACUUGACAGUGCUUUACAUGACAAGGAAGUUCGUCAGUUAGAAAAUGAAUCACUUAAAGAACAAACUGAUCAAUUAUAUCAACAAUACGAAAGAGAAAAACAGUUUCAUAAAGAAUAUCAACAACGUUAUUUACAAGUUGAAGAUAAUUUAGAAGAAACAAAGCGUGAAAAUGAUGAAAAGUUGCAAAGUUUAGAAUCAAUCGUGAAAAUAUUUGAAAUUAAAGCGAGAAACGCAGCAGAUCACGUGUCACGUCUGGAAGAGAAAGAGUCAGAAAUGAAACAAGAAUAUAAACGUUUACAUGACCGUUAUUGUGAACUAUUCAAAGCUCAUUGUGAUUACAUGGAACGAACAAAAAUUUUAUAUGGAACAGAUAAAUUGGAUCAGUUAUCCAGCAAUGCAUUACGUGUUCGAAGUAACAUGCAUUUACCAGUUCAACAACAUCAGUUUGAUAGUAAAGCACCAUUUUCCCAUACAGUAACAAACGAUCGUACACCGACACGAGCAGACGUCAGUUUUACUUCAUAUAAUGGACCGGUUGUCGGCGCAAGUUUUCGUUCCGAACUUGAAUCAUCGCACGGAACUCAUACACAAACAGAUACGUUAUCUAGGAAUGAUGCAGCUGUAAAUACAGACUUUGAAAAAAAUUAUUUUCAUCCUGAAAUUGAUUCUGAUGUGCAAGCGAGUGAUGAAGAUGACGAUUUAUCGAUCGAUGAUAAUAAUAAAAAUAUGGAAGCAUUUUAUAAAGAAACAAGAAAUGAAAAUAUAGAUAUAUCAGAUGUGGAUGCUAGUGCCGAUUUAUUGGGAAUGACAAAGGAGGUAGCAAAUUUGAUCAAGGAAAACAAUGAACUUCUUGAAACAAAAAAUGCCUUGAAUGUUUUGAAAGACGAUCUUUUAGUUAAAAUUGAAGAAUUAUCUAGUGAACAAGAAAUUCUUCGUGAAGAAGUGACUUCGCUACAAACUGUUAAAACACGUCUACAAUUGAGAAUAACAGAAUUAGAAGAAGAAGUAAAAAAAUCACGAGAAGAAUUAGAUAAACGAAAGAAAGAAGAGGAGGAAGAUGUACCUACUGGCGAUCGAAAAAGGUUUACGAAAGUGGAAAUGUCACGUAUUUUAUUGGAAAGAAAUUCAUAUAAACAACGUUUGAUGGAACUUGAAGAAGCUAUUCACUGGCAAGAUCAUUUACGUGCAUCAAAAUUAACAGAUCCACAAUCAGCAGCAACUAGUUCUACACUUGAUAAUGCGCAACAAAAAAAACGUUCAACAUUUUGGAAACUCGCAUCAUCAUCAAUUAAAGCAAUUGUACCGCAAAAUAUAUUAGGAGUACCGAUGAACGAUAUAAAAAAUGAUUUAAGAGAGGGUACAACACAAAUAUCCGAUUUUUUCUCUGGUUUAUUUGGUGCCACACCAGCACCACCCGAGAAACCAUCAAAACGUUCGUUAACAGCGGGAUCUGGUGGUGUGAAAUACAGUCAUACAAGUGAUCAAUUAGCUCCAAAUCCCAAUACAAAUUCCACAUCAUUACAAAAUGAUUCAGAAAACAAUUUACCAUUAGAACGAACACAUUCUAACAGUGAAAAUCUCGUUACGGAAUCAACUCCAAAAAUGAACCAAAACGACAAAACAUCAUCACCUGUAAAACAACGUAAAAAUUCAUUAAUUGCUAAAGAUGAUAGUAGAGUACAAGCCUAUGGGUGGAGUUUACCCUCAAAAAAUCAGUUGAAAUUAUCUGAAUUGAAUGGAAAAGUGCAUGUGAACGUGCCAGUACCAGUUUAUUGUAGACCAAUAUAUAAUACAAACGACUUAACACAAAUUUGGUGUGCUGUUGGAAUUGAUUUAAAUGGUGCUCCGACAAGUAAUAAUCUGACUACGAAUUCAAAUGAUGCCGAUUUGUCAUCACUUCCAUCUGGUGAACAGUUAAAUAAACAGUUAAUUGAGUCUUAUAAUCAAAUGACCGAUGAACCGUAUCUAAGACUUUCGUCUCUCGUAUGGAUAGCAUCUAAAUGUAAUCAAAGUGCAAUGAUAACAAUUAUUGAUUCAAAUAAAGCCGAUAAAAUUAUUGAUACAUUUACAUUGGGAAGAGCCGUUGUGUAUGCAAUGGGAAGUGUACCCGGGCCAGCUUCUUCUGAUUAUACGGUAGAUGACGAACAAUGGAAAAGAAAAUCUCAGACAGUGGAUCAUAUUGAAGAAAAACUGACGUCGAAUGGUAAGGAAUAUGGGCUAAUUCUAUCGAUAUAUAAUAAAAAAUGGGGACGUUUUCUUCUAGCCAUUAAAGUUGUAUCUUGUGCAGCUGGUAAUUCUAAUGUCAUCAAAGCAAAUGAAGCUAAUACAAGUGUAUCCGAAACAUUUCCUUUAGAAAUAAAAUCAUCAGAAGAAGCUGUUGCUCAAUUAGUACUGAACACUCAAAAUACAAAUAAAAAACCGAUGUAUUCAACAAAAUAUCCAACAGUAUGGCUAGGAUCGGGUGAUGGAUGGUUAUAUCUUCAUUCAUCUGUUGGAGAUUAUAGAACGACUAUUGAAAAAGUUUGGUUAAAAAAUGCCAUCUACAGUGUUGUGCAUGUACGAGGGCGUGUGUUUGUAGCAUUGGCUAACGAAAAAAUUGCUGUGUUUCGUCGAAACAAUGAUGGAACAUGGAAUUUAAAAAAUUUUUAUUUAAUUGAAAUUGGGAAAAGUCGUCAAUCUGUGAGAUGUUUAAUUAAUGUUUUUAAUAAUAUUUGGUGUGGUGUUAUGAAUCGUAUUCACGUAAUUGAUAGUCAAUCAUUAGAAAUAAUUAAACAAUUUGAUGUUCAUCCACAUCUUGAACAUUCUGUUCAACAUAUGACAUGGUCGGGCGAAGGUGUUUGGAUAUCCGUUCGUUUAAGUAGUACAUUACAAUUAUAUCAUGCAAUUAAUUAUCAACAUUUACAGGAUGUUGAUGUACAACCGUAUGUGGAAAAAAUGAUUGCUACAGAAAAGGCUGGACUUUAUUUUGUACACAUUAGUAGUCUUAGUAUUGCAUGUAAAAGACUUUGGAUUGGAACGGGUAACGGAAUUAUUAUAUCUGUUCCAUUAUCAGAAAAUUCAUCAUCAUCAUCGAAUCAAAAAUCAUCUGCAUUAACAAAACCAGGCUCUGUUAUUCGUGUUUAUGAUCAAUCAUCAUCCAAUAUACCCUAUUGUAGUAUGAAUAAUGCUCAGUUAUCUUUUCACGGUUACAAAGAUGCUGUUAAAUUUUUUGUGGUCGUAUCAGGCAAUCCGCCACCAAAAUUAUCCAUUGAAAAUAAAUCGAAUAACUCUGAAUUAAAUACUAUUCCAUUAAAUUCUGAUCAUUCUUUAACAAUUUCAUCUGACAUAUCAUUUUCAAAUGAUAUGCUUGUAUUGAGUGGUGGUGAAGGUUAUAUUGAUUUUCGUGUGGGUGAUGUUGAUAAUAUUAAUGAAGAAAAUAAACAACCAUCAACAGUUGGUAAAUCACAUUUGAUUGUAUGGCAUGUGAGCUCGAUUUAA